AUGCUUCAACGAUGGAACCGAGCUCCGGUUCGGUCGUUUUCGACAACUUUGAGACGGUUGUCGCAAGUCGAUCCUUCAGACCCUGACCAGGCACUGCUCUAUAAAAUUAAGCGUCCCGGAACCUUCUUCAAGGAGCCCCUGGACCCGCAAAUCCAGCUGUCCCACGAACCCCUCUACACUGCGCCAAUGGCAUCGCAGGUUUCUUUCACAAAACGAUGGUCCCUUGGAUUUUUCGGCGUCGGUGCAUACAUCGGCUAUUUAACUAUGGGCGUGGGCGCCAGCUCAACGCUCGUGGCAGCUGGGUUGGUGCCGCUCUUGCUGCCUCUGCCACUGAUCCAGUAUUUCGCUGGGGGAUAUGUGACUCGGAUAUUCAGAGUGUACAGACGGAACCAACCACAAACUUACGAAGCCUUGACUGAAAACGAAACAUUAAUGGUGGAAAAGCUUUCUUUGUUUGGCAGAUCAACCUACGGCGUGCCCAUUCAAGUUCAAAACACCUUCAUUGCCAACCGCCGGCUUGGGUGGAUCAAUUGGGUCCAUUUAGACGAACGCACUGGAGCGCUAACAAAAUUGUAUGUCGAAGACAAUAUCGGCGGGAUUCAAAUGGAUAGAAUUUGGGGCAUUUUAGAGAAAAACAGUAACAUCGACAACGGACGGGGCUUUUUGAAUGAUAGGCCGAAGGGUGCAUAG